CGCGAGGAAGAGCGCCAGCGUCCCAGAAUGCACUGCGGCCCGUCAGAAUUGCCAGUCAUCUUCGGCGUGAAUUCGAGCGCUCCAGCAACUUCUUAUUUACACGCGUGAUUGCGCGGCGACAUGAAAGAAGCGACGGCAAAGCGACGCGAGAAACCCCGCGCGGAGAAAGAGAAGAGCGGCGCGGAGGCGCAGGAUGUAGAGAUGAAGGAGGAGGAUCCGCGCGCGCCGCGAGAGCAGGACCAGCUGACGCUCGACGAUAUCCGGGAGCACGUGAAGCAGAUCGAGAAGGCCGUGCAGGGGAAGGAGCCGCGCUUCGUCCUCCGUGCCCUGCGAGCUCUGCCCUCCACCAGCCGCCGUCUCAAUCACAAUGUGCUGCAGAAAGCCGUGUCCGGCUUCUUCACGUCCAACGCUGCCAGCAAAGAGUUCCUGCUGGGCUUCCUGGACGAGCCGGUGGAGAGGGAAGGAGACGUGCAGUUCAGGCCGCGCACGGGGAAGGCUGCGGCGACGCCACUCAUCCCUGAGGUGGAGGCCUAUCUGCAGCUGCUGCUGGUGGUCUACCUCACCAACAACAAACACUACGCCCAGGCCCAGAGAGUCUCUGAUGACCUGCUUCAGAAGAUCGGCUCUCAGAACCGCAGGGCUUUGGACUUGGUGGCUGCCAAGUGUUAUUACUAUCACUCGCGCGUGUACGAGUUCCUGAACCAGCUGGAUGUGGUGCGCAGUUUCCUGCACACGCGCUUGAGGACGGCUACGCUGCGGCAUGACGCCGACGGCCAGGCCACGCUGCUCAACCUGCUGCUGCGCAACUACCUGCAGUACAAUCUGUACGACCAGGCGGAGAAACUGGUGUCCAAGUCUGUGUUCCCCGAGCUGGCCAACAACAACGAGUGGGCGCGCUAUCUCUACUACACCGGGCGGAUCAAGGCCAUCCAGCUGGAGUAUUCAGAGGCGAGGAGGACCCUGACGAAUGCCCUGCGUAAAGCGCCUCAGCACACGGCCGUGGGCUUCAAGCAGACGGUGCACAAGCUGCUGAUCGUGGUGGAGCUGCUGCUGGGGGAGAUCCCUGACCGCCUGCAGUUCCGCCAGCCGUCUCUCAAGAGGUCGCUCUUGCCCUACUUCCUGUUGACACAGGCGGUGAGAGCUGGAAAUCUUGCCAAGUUUAACCAGGCGCUGGAUCAGUUUGGAGAGAAGUUUCAGGCAGACGGCACCUACACGCUGAUCAUCCGUCUGAGACACAACGUCAUCAAGACCGGGGUGAGGAUGAUCAGCCUGUCGUACUCGCGCAUCUCUCUGGCCGACAUCGCACAGAAGCUGCAGCUGGACAGUCCUGAAGACGCAGAGUUCAUCGUGGCCAAGGCCAUCCGUGACGGUGUGAUCGAGGCCAGUAUAAACCACGAGAAAGGGUACGUCCAGUCGAAAGAGACCAUGGACAUUUACAGCACGCGCGAGCCUCAGCUGGCCUUCCACCAGCGCAUCUCCUUCUGUCUGGACAUACACAACAUGUCCGUCAAGGCCAUGAGAUUUCCACCGAAGGCGUACAACAAGGACCUGGAGUCUGCUGAGGAGAGAAGAGAGCGAGAGCAGCAGGAUCUGGAGUUCGCUAAAGAGAUGGCAGAAGAUGAUGAUGAUAGUUUCCCAUGAGUCUGCACUCUCACAUCCUCGCUUUUUUUUUCUCUUGUGGUAUUCUGUUUCCGUCUCUAUUCUUUGAAUUUCGCUGUGUGUUCCUCCUUUAGCUUUGCUCUUAUUAUAAUCCAUCAACAUACUGUGUGAUAUAACAUAAAGAACAUCAGAAGUUCUCCAGUUUUGUUGUUUUUUUCAUCAAUGCAUGCAUCAGUUUUAUACAUUCAUAGCAACAAUGUGGUUUGCUGCAAAAGAAAUCUCAAACAAACACAAAAGCGUCUUGUUAGAAAGUUUUGCAUUUGAAAAGCAUCGUCUUGUUUUACCAAAUGAUUAAAAUUCAUAAUGUAAUGUGAGAAUAGUUUGGAAAUGAGUGGAACUGAGUGGCUGGAAAUAAAGUGUCAGGUUGUUAAGAGACAGUACAGUA